AUGGCAAAACGGAAGGUGGACACUGAGAACCGGGGGUUUCAAACAAGGUGGGAGUCGGAGUAUUUGUUCACGGAGGUAGCUGGAAAACCUGUGUGUCUUCUGUGUGGAGAAAGUGUGGCGGUACUGAAAGAGUAUAAUCUGAGACGACAUUAUGAAACGAAACACGCGGACAACAACAAGAAUAUGGACAUGGAACAAAGGCUACAAAAGGCAGAGGAAUUAAAACGAGGCCUCAAAUCUCGACAGGCUCUGUUCAAAAAAGCCAAAUCACAAGGCCAGGCUGCUGUCAAAGCCAGUUUUAUUUUGGCAGAAGAGAUCGCUAAAUCAGCCCGGCCAUUUACGGAGGGGGAUUUCAUCAAAAACUGCAUGAUUAAAGUUUGUGACGAAGUUUGCCCAGAAAAAAGGCAACUCUUUUUAAAUGUGAGUCUGAGCAGAAACACCAUUGCCGAGAGAGUAGACCAGUUGUCCAUCAAUCUAAAAGAGCAGCUUGUAAAAAAGGGAAAAGAUUUCAUUGCAUAUUCCUUGGCUGUGGAUGAGAGCACCGACAUUUCUGACAUUGCCCAGUUGUCAAUUUUCAUCCGCGGAGUGGACUCCAGCCUAAGCGUGACAGAGGAGUUUUUGGCUUUACGUCCUAUGCAUGGCACAACUACGGGGCAUGAUUUGUAUGAAGAGGUGUCAAGAUGUGUAAAUGAGAUGGAGCUGCCUUGGGAAAAACUCGUGGGUUUGACAACCGACGGAGCACCUGCGAUGUGUGGACACAGGAGCGGACUGGUGGCGAAGAUACGGGAAAAGAUGCAAGAGGAAAACGCGACAGGUGAGCUGACAGCUUAUCAUUGUAUCAUACACCAGGAAGCGUUGUGCGGUAAAGCCUUGAAAAUGGAGCAUGUAAUGAGCAUCAUCACGCGCACAGUUAACUUUAUCAGAGCCAAAGGUUUGAAUCACCGCCAGUUCAAGGCAUUUCUGACGGAGUUAGAAACGGAGCAUGGUGAUUUGCCUUAUCACACAGAGGUGCGAUGGCUAAGCCAGGGAAAGGUGCUUCAAAGAUGUUUCGAGCUUCGUGAGGAGAUUUGUCUGUUCUUGGACAGCAAAGGGAAAGACACAACACAACUCCGAGACGAAAUGUUUCUGUGUGAAAUGGCUUUUCUGUGUGACAUUACGAGUCAUCUGAAUGCAAUGAACUUGCAGCUGCAGGGUCGGGAUCGUGUCAUCUCUGAUAUGUACAGUACAGUGAAGGCAUUUAAAACCAAACUGACUCUGUGGGAGACGCAGAUGCGGAAAGAAAAUUUGAGCCACUUUCCCAGCUGCCAGACCAUGAAAGAGAAGCUCUCUACCAGUGCGUUCCCGAGCGCACAGUUGGCUGAUAAAAUAGGUAUGCUUGCCACUGACUUUCGACGCCGAUUUGCUGACUUUGAAGCACAAAAAAGCAGGUUGGAACUGCUCGGUAACCCAUUUGCUGUUGACGUGGAAAGCUCACCACCAAACCUCCAAAUGGAGUUGAUUGACCUCCAAUGCAAUGAUGCACUGAGGGCAAAAUAUGCGGCAGUGGGUGCUGCGGAGUUCGCCCGUUUCCUCCCCGACACAAUGCCCCAGCUGCGCAUCCAGGCUGCUCAAACGUUGUCUAUGUUUGGCAGCACAUACCUGUGUGAACAACUGUUUUCUUUGAUGAACUUGAACAAAACAUCACACAGAAGUCGACUUACUGCUGAACACCUCCACUCAAUUCUGAGGAUUUCCUCAGCUCAGAGCCUUACCCCGAACAUUGAUGAACUUGUGGAAAAGAUGGGACACCACCAAGUAUCACCCUCAACCUCAAACAAGUGA